AGGCUUCGCCGCCCGGUCCUGUGCUCGUCCCAGUCGUCGCCCUCUUCCCUCACCCUCAGCACCUCUCACCCCGCCCUCCAGCCUCACCGGCGACAGGUAGCCCCGGCGCCGCGCACCUGCCUUCUCUCCGGCACCGGGGAUAGUGGAUAGCCCCUUUCAAAAAUGGAGGAUGGAAAGCCUGUUUGGGCCCCACACCCUGCAGAUGGAUUUCAGAUGGGCAAUAUUGUGGAUAUUGGCCCUGACAGCUUGACAAUUGAACCCUUGAACCAAAAAGGCAAGACAUUUUUGGCUCUCAUAAACCAAGUGUUCCCUGCAGAAGAAGACAGUAAAAAAGAUGUGGAAGAUAACUGUUCACUAAUGUAUUUAAAUGAAGCCACACUCCUCCAUAAUAUCAAAGUUCGAUACAGUAAAGACAGAAUUUAUACGUAUGUCGCCAAUAUUCUGAUAGCAGUGAAUCCAUACUUUGACAUACCUAAAAUAUAUUCCUCAAAAACAAUAAAGUCAUAUCAAGGAAAAUCUCUUGGGACAAUGCCACCUCACGUCUUUGCAAUUGCUGAUAAGGCUUUUCGAGAUAUGAAGGUGCUCAAGAUGAGUCAGUCUAUUAUUGUGUCUGGAGAGUCAGGAGCUGGCAAAACAGAAAAUACAAAAUUUGUUCUAAGAUACCUGACUGAAUCCUAUGGAACAGGUCAAGAUAUUGAUGAUAGGAUUGUUGAAGCUAAUCCACUCUUGGAAGCCUUUGGAAAUGCAAAGACUGUUCGCAACAAUAAUAGCAGUCGAUUUGGAAAAUUUGUAGAAAUACAUUUCAAUGAAAAGAAUUCAGUUGUUGGAGGAUUUGUUUCACAUUAUCUUCUAGAGAAAUCUAGGAUCUGUGUUCAAGGCAAAGAGGAAAGGAAUUAUCAUAUCUUUUAUAGGUUGUGUGCUGGUGCUUCUGAAGAUAUUAGGGAAAAACUUCAUUUGAGCUCCCCAGAUAAUUUUCGGUAUUUAAACCGAGGCUGCACUAGGUACUUUGCUAACAAAGAAACUGAUAAACAGAUUUUAAAGAACCGCAAAAGUCCUGAGUGUCUUAAGGCAGGUUCCUUGAAAGAUCCUCUGUUAGAUGACCACGGAGAUUUUAUUAGAAUGUGUACAGCCAUGAAAAAAAUUGGUUUGGAUGAUGAAGAAAAGCUUGAUCUGUUCCGGGUAGUAGCUGGUGUCCUUCACCUUGGAAAUAUUGAUUUCGAGGAAGCCGGCAGCACUUCAGGUGGUUGUAAUCUAAAGAAUAAAUCUACACAAUCAUUGGAAUAUUGUGCUGAAUUACUGGGUUUGGACCAAGAUGAUCUUCGUGUAAGUUUAACCACAAGAGUGAUGCUGACAACAGCAGGGGGCACCAAAGGAACAGUUAUAAAGGUACCCCUGAAAGUGGAGCAAGCAAACAGCGCUCGUGAUGCCUUGGCAAAGACUGUGUAUAGCCAUCUCUUUGAUCAUGUGGUAAACAGAGUGAAUCAGUGUUUUCCUUUUGAAACGUCAUCCUAUUUUAUUGGAGUCCUAGAUAUUGCUGGUUUUGAGUACUUUGAACAUAACAGUUUUGAACAGUUUUGCAUCAACUAUUGCAAUGAAAAACUUCAACAAUUUUUUAACGAAAGGAUUCUGAAGGAGGAACAAGAACUCUAUCAGAAAGAAGGUUUAGGUGUUAAUGAAGUACAUUAUGUGGAUAAUCAGGACUGUAUAGACUUAAUUGAAGGAAAAUUAGUGGGAAUACUGGAUAUUUUGGAUGAAGAAAAUCGCCUUCCCCAGCCAAGUGAUCAACACUUUACAUCUGCUGUUCACCAGAAGCACAAGGACCAUUUCCGACUCACUAUUCCUAGGAAAUCUAAGCUGGCAGUUCAUAGGAACAUCAGAGAUGAUGAGGGCUUCAUCAUCAGGCAUUUUGCUGGGGCAGUGUGCUAUGAAACAACCCAGUUUGUGGAGAAAAAUAAUGAUGCUUUACAUAUGUCUCUUGAGUCCUUAAUAUGUGAAUCCAGGGAUAAGUUUAUACGGGAAUUAUUUGAAUCAUCCACAAAUAACAACAAAGAUACUAAACAAAAAGCAGGAAAACUUAGCUUUAUCAGCGUGGGAAACAAGUUUAAGACACAGUUAAAUUUGCUUCUGGAUAAACUUCGAAGUACUGGAGCAAGCUUUAUUCGUUGCAUCAAACCUAAUUUAAAGAUGACAAACCACAACUUUGAAGGUGCUCAAAUUCUGUCUCAACUUCAAUGUUCAGGUAUGGUGUCUGUUUUGGACUUGAUGCAGGGUGGUUUCCCAUCACGAGCUUCAUUUCAUGAACUCUACAACAUGUAUAAAAAGUAUAUGCCGGAUAAACUUGCAAGAUUGGAUCCAAGAUUAUUUUGUAAGGCUCUUUUUAAAGCUUUGGGCUUAAAUGAAAUUGACUACAAGUUUGGGUUAACAAAAGUAUUUUUUAGACCUGGAAAGUUUGCAGAAUUUGAUCAGAUUAUGAAGUCUGACCCUGACCACUUAGCAGAGUUAGUUAAAAGAGUCAAUCACUGGCUAAUCUGCAGUCGCUGGAAGAAGGUUCAGUGGUGCUCACUGUCAGUCAUCAAAUUGAAAAACAAAAUAAAGUAUCGAGCUGAAGCCUGCAUUAAAAUGCAAAAAACUGUUCGAAUGUGGCUUUGCAAAAGGAGACACAAACCUCGUAUUGAUGGCCUGGUUAAGGUGGGCACACUGAAAAAACGACUUGAUAAAUUUAAUGAAGUAGUAAGUGCAUUGAAAGAUGGAAAACCAGAGAUGAAUAAACAGAUCAAGGAUCUUGAAAUUUCUAUUGAUGCUUUGAUGGCCAAAAUUAAGUCCACUAUGAUGACAAGGGAACAAAUACAGAAAGAAUAUGAUGCACUAGUUAAAAGCUCAGAGCAACUCCUCAGUGCGUUGCAGAAAAAAAAACAGCAGGAAGAGGAGGCAGAAAGGCUGAGGCGUAUUCAAGAAGAAAUGGAAAAAGAAAGAAAAAGACGCGAAGAAGAUGAACGACGUCGAAGAAAGGAAGAGGAAGAAAGGCAGAUGAAACUUGAGAUGGAAGCGAAGAGAAAACAAGAAGAAGAAGAGAGAAAGAAAAGGGAAGAUGAUGAAAAACGUAUCCAGGCUGAAGUGGAGGAGCAGCUGGCCAGGCAGCGGGAGGAGGAAUCCCAGCAGCAAGCAGUUCUGGAGCAGGAACGCAGGGACCGGGAGCUGGCUCUGAGGAUUGCCCAGAGUGAAGCUGAGCUCAUCAGUGAUGAGGCCCAGGCUGACCUCGCGCUCCGGAGGUACUGGGGCCCCAGGUGGGGUGGGCACCUGAUCCUUUGCUUUCUUCACCUCUUGAUGCCUCUCAUUUCCAUGAGAAAGGGGCAGAGAAAAUCAUAUUCCUUAGGUGCUGACAUACUUAAAGUAAAAUUAUUUUUAUUCACUUUUAUACCCACAAGAAUAGAACAAUUGAUUUUCCAUCAAAUUGUUAUACUGUUGAAAAAAUAAAACUGCAAGAUUUCAGUUAUUAGUACUCUGUUAAGAAAGCAUCCCAACAUUUACUCGGAAAUUGACUAAAAGUAUUGUGUAUUGUGAAGACAUCUAAUUUCU